AUGGCUCCCAAGGGCGGCCCCGGCGGGCGGCAGCAGUCGGAGGAGGACCUGCUCCUGCAGGACUUCAGCCGCAACCUCUCCGCCAAGUCCUCCGCGCUCUUCUUCGGCAACGCCUUCAUCGUCUCCGCUAUCCCCAUCUGGCUUUAUUGGAGGAUAUGGCAUAUGGAUCUUGUUCAGUCUGCAGUCCUGUAUAGCGUAAUGACCCUCAUCAGUACCUAUCUAGUAGCUUUUGCGUAUAAGAACGUCAAGUUUGUUCUCAAACACAAAGUAGCACAGAAAAGAGAAGAUGCUGUUUCCAAAGAAGUUACUCGCAAGCUGUCUGAGGCAGACAAUAGGAAGAUGUCUCGUAAGGAGAAGGAUGAAAGAAUUCUGUGGAAAAAAAAUGAAGUUGCAGAUUAUGAAGCAACAACUUUUUCCAUCUUCUACAACAAUACUCUCUUUCUGGUUUUGGUCAUCAUUGCUUCAUUUUUUGUGCUGAAGAACUUCAACCCCACUGUAAACUAUAUUCUUUCUAUAAGUGCUUCGUCUGGACUGAUUGCUCUGCUGUCUACAGGAUCCAAGUAGACAAAAAAACCCCACAGCAAUUUAUUUCUGUGAGAGGAUUCAACUGCCAUACAAAAGUUUAAGGGUGGAACAGGAAUACAUUUUUUUUAUGGUGUGACUGCUUGAGG